AUGCUGGAAGCGAGAAUACUACUCACCCUCGGGAAGACGGCGGCUGCCUUCGCCAUGGCUUCUCCCAGCAGCGUGCUCCGCCCGCUGGCGGCGCCGCCACCACCACUGCCGGCGAAGUGGGUUACCUUGAAUUUAUCUACUCAUUCCUUCAUGGCCCGGAAUGUGGGGGAGGCCCCAUUGCUCCGGAGCCGGUGGCGAGGCUUUCUGGGACCGGUCGCCGGCGGUGGCCCGUCUCCGGCGGCGGUGGCGGCGGGGAACUACAACGUGCAGGUGGUGGUGGGGGAAGACGAACCCGAUGAGGAGGUUGUGAGGAGGUUCCGGGGACUGGUUCUGCGGGCGGGGAUAAUCCAGGAGUGCAAGCGCCGCCGCUUCUUCGAGGACAAGCAGGCCGAGCAGAAGCGGCGCCGCCGCGACGCUGCCAAGCGCAACCGCCGGAGGUAGGCGAGAUUCUCACACACAUUCAUCUCCCUUUCCUUCCCCAUCAACUGAGAAUUCAUUUGAUGUUCCCCGUUACCUGUUCGACGUUUUACCCAGCAGAGAAAUGCGUUCCUGUUUUAUUUUUUUCUUUGGCUUGUAGACGCUCUUGGUCAAGAAAGCCACCUCCUGUGGGGAAAAAACAGAACGAGCCGAAGGACGACGGCGAGGAGGAAGACAACUGGGAGCUCCCCGCCGGCGAGCCCCCCUAUUGA